GGAGACUGUCGGUCUCUUCAGAUCAUCCUCACAUCAUCAUCAUCACCACACUUGAGGAGAUAUGAUUUCAUAUUUCAGCGUUUCACAGAUCUGCAGAUUCCCGGUCGAAUGAGGCGCGGACAGAGGAACGGAGAGAUGAGGAGCGGGAAACACCUGUGAUUAAAAUCCGCUCAUCAGCCGCUGAGAUGUUCAGCUCCAGCAGCACUAUGACCGAUGGAGAUUACGAUUAUCUGAUCAAACUCCUGGCUCUGGGGGACUCCGGGGUCGGCAAGACCACCUUCCUCUACCGAUACACAGAUAACAAGUUCAACCCCAAAUUCAUCACCACUGUGGGCAUCGACUUCAGGGAAAAGAGAGUGGUUUAUACGACUAACAGCCCCAAUGGGACGACGGGGAAAACCUUUAAGGUUCACCUGCAGCUGUGGGACACGGCAGGACAGGAGAGGUUCAGGAGUUUGACCACUGCGUUCUUCAGGGAUGCCAUGGGUUUUCUGCUGAUGUUUGAUCUGACCAGCCAGCAGAGCUUUCUCAACGUCAGGAACUGGAUGAGUCAGCUCCAGGCUAAUGCGUAUUGUGAGAACCCAGAUAUUGUGCUGGUGGGAAAUAAAGCAGAUCUGGCCGACCAGAGAGAAGUUCAGGAGAAACAAGCGAAAGAACUCGCAGACAAAUACGGCAUCCCGUACUUCGAGACGAGUGCAGCGACGGGCUCUGAGGUGGACAAGGCUGUGGUGACGCUGCUGGAUCUGGUGAUGAAGCGGAUGGAGCAGUGUGUGGAGAAGCCCAGCGCAGACGCAAACGCCAGCGACGGCAGUAGCAAACUGAGCGCCGCACCUGCCCAACAGAAGAAGUGUGCAUGCUGAAGAACACACACAUACGGCCUUCUCCACACACACACACACACACACACACACGCACACACACACACACACACACACACACACACACACACACACACACACGAAGAUGAAAUGAUCGCAUUUUAAUUAUUCCUUUUAAAUAUUUCCAAGGUGAUGUUAGACAUAUUUACACACACACACACACACACACACACACGCACAUUACUAACUUGAUUCAUUACUGAUACACACACACAAACACACAUGAAGACAAAUAAAAUCACAUUUUUAUUAUUCUUUUAAAGUAUUUCCAAAGUGAUGUUGGACGUUUACACACACACACACAUGUCUGAGACUCGCUGCAUUACUCAUACACACACACACACACACACACACACAAAAUAAUCUAAUUAUCAUCAUUCCUUUAGAAUAUUUCUUUUCAAAGUGAUGUCAUAAAGUCAAAGUGAUUUUCACACACACAUCACUGACUCGCUGCUUUACACACACACACACACACACACACCUGCGGCUCGCUGCGUUACUGAUACACACACAUGAAGACAAAUAAUCUCAUAAUUUUAAAGAGAUGUUGGAAAUAUUUACACACACAGACAAACACACACACACACACACACACACACACACACACAUACAUCUGCGGCUCGCUACAUUACUGAUACACACACAUGAAGACAAAAUAAUCACAUUUUUAUUAAUCUUUUCAAAUUUUCCAAAGUGAUGUUGGACACAUUUAUACACACACACACACACACACACACACACACACACACACACACACACACACACACACACACACACAUAACACUAACUUGAGCAUUACUGAUACACACACACACACCUGCGGCUCGCUGCAUUACUGAUACACACACAUGAAGACAAAAUGAUCACAUUUUUAUUAUUCUUUUUAAAUAUUGGACAUAUUCACACACAUACACACACACACACACAUUACUUAGUCGUCACAUUACUGAUACACACACAUUUUGACAAAAUGAGCCCAUGUUUAUCAUUCUUUUAUUGUUGAAUGUAAUAUUUCCGAAGUGAUGUUUAAUGAACGAGGGAAAUUUCAGUUUGGACUUUAAUAGUUUUCCUUGUUUGAUAAACUCUUGUUUGUUUGUUUGUUUGUUUUUGUUUGGCAUGAGAAAAAACAAGUUUAACGUUAUUUAAAACCAUUUUAAGGUCAAUAAUAUAGAAGUUUUAUUUGUUAAACAGUGUCCACACUUCAUUUUAGAUCACAACUGAGACUUUCAGCUCAAUAAACUACUAAUUAGCAGCUCGUUAUUAGUUAGUAAGCUUAAUAGUCGUGUUGGGCUAUUGGAUAGGAUUAGGAAUGUAGAAUAAGAUCAUACUGUAUAGCUAAUGAUAAUAGUUAAUAUCUUAGUCAAAGGCGGGUAGUACACUAGUAAUUCAUAGUGUCAAUUUUGACUUAAGCGAAACUGUUCUUCAGUUAUUUCCUGAUUAAGCCUUUAAAUGUCACUUUAUUCUGAAUACUAGUAAAAUAACUCCAAUAUAAUGCUGUCAUCAUGGCAAAGAGAAAAGAAAUCAGAUAUUAGAGAUGAGUUAUUAAAACUAUUAUGAUUAGAAAUGUGUUGAAGAACUCUGCUCUCUGUUAAACAACACUUGGGAAAUAUUUAACGAUAAUUACAAAUUUUAUCAAUUAUUUUGACUUCAACUGUACGUGUGUGUGUGCGUGUGUGUGUGUGUGUGUGUGUGUGUGUGAGUGUGUGUGUGUGUGUGUGUGUAUGUGUGAGAGAGAGCUGUCAUACUGCCUCCAGAUGAAUGAGUGAAAACACUCAGACGCUACUAACUGCACUGAAGAUUGAACGCCUCUUCUGCUCACUAAAGCUGUGUUUAUUCAUUCAUUUUCCUUUACCGUAGUCCCUUAUUUAUCAGAGUUUGCUACAGCGGAAUGAACCACCAACUAUUCCAGCAUGUUUUACGCAGCGUAUGCCCUUUCGUCUGCAACACAGUACUGGGAAACACCCAUACACACUCAUUCUCACACACACUCAUACACUACAGCCAAUUUAGUCCAUCAAUUCCUCUAUAGCGCAUGUGUUUGGACUGUGGG